GGUCCUUAGAGACAAAACAGCUGUUAAAUCCACAGAACAUGCGUUCAUUCAAAAAUGAGCCUCUUCGUUUUGUUCACGUUGUCUUCAUUCUUCGUAUCAGAUGCUUCUGGUUCUGAGACAGAUGGAGUCUCAGUGUCAGUGAUGGAGGGAGAUUCAGUCACUCUACACACUGGUGUUGAAACAAACCAACAAGACAGAAUUAAAUGGUAUUUUAAUGACACUCGUAUCGCUCAACUGAUUGGAGAUCAGAGUAAGAUCUGUUCAGAUGUUCAGUGUAAAGAGAGAUUCAGAGACAGACUGAAGCUGGAUCAUCAGACUGGAUCUCUGACCAUCACAAACUCAAGAUAUACAGACUCUGGAGUUUAUAAACUGCAGAUCUUCAGGAGAAGAGUCAUUAAAAAAAUAUUCAAUAUUGCAGUUCGUGGUGUUCCAGGUGCAGAGACAGAUCAAAUGAAGACAAAGUCAGUGAAGGAGGGAGAAUCUGUCACUUUAGAUCCUGGUGUAAUAAAAAGCCCAGAUGAUGUAAUGACGUGGCAUUUUAAUGACAUUCUCAUCACCGAAAUCACCAGAGAUCACCAAAAGAUCUGUGAAGAAGUUAAGUGUAAUAGUACUGGGAGAUUCAGAGACAGACUGAAGCUGGACAAUCAGACUGGAUCUCUGACCAUCACGAACAUCACAAACACAGACGCUGGAGUUUAUAAAGUACAGAUCAACAGCAGCAUCCAGCCUCAUCACAGCAUCAUCAGCAGUAAGAGAUUCAGCCUUACUGUCACUGGUGCUUCUGGUGUUGAAACAGAUGGCAUGACAGCAUAUGUGAUGGAGGGAGAUUCAGUCACUCUACACACUGAUGUUAAGAUGAACCAUCAAGACAGAAUUAGAUGGUAUUGUAAUAAGACUCUCAUUGCUCAAAUCAUUGGAGAUCAGAGUAAAAUCUGUACACUUGAUCAGUGUAAAGAGAGAUUCAGAGACAGACUGAAGCUGGACAAUCACAUAGGUGAUCUCAACAUCACAAACAUCAGAACUACAGACUCUGGAGUUUAUAAACUGCAGAUCAUCAGCAGAAGAGUCAUUCAUAAGAUCUUCAACGUUGCUGUUCAUAGUUUUUCUGCUAAUGAGCGAGAUAAAGUGAAGAGUAAGUCAGUGAAGGAGGGAGAAUCUCUCAUUUUACAUCCUGGUGUAAUAAAAAACCCAAAUCAUGUGAUGACGUGGCAUUUCAGUGACAUUCCCUUCGCUGAAAUCACUGAAGAUCAGAGUAAGAUCUGUUCACAUGAUGAGAGAUUCAGAGACAGACUGGAUAUGAAUAAUCAAACUGGGUCUCUGACCAUCAGAGACAUCACAACAACACACUCUGGAGAAUACAAAGUAAAUAUCGUCCACAGCAUCAGCCACCGACACCGCAUCAGCAUCAUCAGCGUAGAGACAUUCAGUGUCACUGUCAUUGAAUCAAGUAUGCCUUCAGGUCUUAUUGCAGGAAUAUGUGCUGCUGCUGCCGUUGUUGCUCUUGUCCUGCUGGUGGCUGUAACUGUUGCAUGUUCAAAGCACUCUUGCAGAAGGGGCUAUAGACAUGGCUGAUUUUAAAAAAGAAAAGAAAAAAAGAAAACUUUCUGUAAGAACAUUAGUGUGAAUUGAUGUUGUAGUCACUUUUGUAGACCACCAAGACCAAAGCAGGGAGUGACUGUCCAUGCAAUCAUGUCCUUGCGGGCCCCUAUCAGUCUCUUAGCGGGGAAAUAGUUGGCUUGGGCCAGCCCACCCCAAACCUAAACAGGCCCAGUGCAAGGCCCUCAGCUUUGGCCUCACCGCAGUCCCAAUGAUUAAUCCCAUGAUUGCCCAGAGUUGGCCAGACAUGAGAGAGUUAAUAAGAAUUUUGUUGGUAGUUUUCUUUCUUUCCACUAGGGAUGCUAGAGUGUUUAAGUUUUCCUUAAGUAAACCCAAGUGGUAAAGGUUCCCACCCAACUGAGCGGUUUUGAAUUUGAUGGUGCAGGUAAAAAUUAGCUUGGACAAAAUUUGGGCUUGUUUGGGGUCAGUUUGGUGAUUUCCAAACAUAUAAAUUGUGGUGGUGUUGGCGCAGUGGAUAAGACACAUGCCUUGGGUGUGAGAGACUUGGGUUCGAAUCCACUGUGAGACAAGAAUGUGUCCCUGAGCAAGACACUUAAUCCCUAGUUGCUCCAGAGGUGUGUGACCUCUGAC